AUGGUUUCGAAGCUAAUUCCUCGCUACACUGUUGAUGCCAACGGGCAGUGGAACCAUAUGCCUUCGCAGUUCCGACAUACCAUACCAUCCGAGCGCUUCCCUGUCGAAAAGGGCCGAUACGUGCUGUACAUCAACUACGUCUGUCCCUGGGCACACCGAACCACCAUCGUACACGCUUUGAAGGGGCUCGAGGAUGUCAUAGACUUGGUCGAGGUCGAUGCAAGGGACGCAUCACAUGGCUGGUUCUUCUCUGGGCGUAGCGGGCCCAAGAAAGACCCCGUGUCUGGCGCGAGAUGCCUGAAAGAGAUCUAUCUGAAGGCAGAUCCAAGCUUCAACGGGAGAAUCACCAUCCCUUUGCUGUGGGAUCAACGCCAGGGUACUGCCGUCAACAACGAUAGCGCCGACAUCAUCCGCAUCCUGUUCGACGCAUUCGACCCUCUUCUUCCUCCGGAGCGUCGCGAAGUCAACAAGGGUGUGGCUGCCUUCAGACCCCCGCAUAUUCUGAAAGAGAUGGAUUGCCUUCUCUUAUGGGUAUUCGACACGAUUAACAACGGCGUGUACAAGGUCGGCUUCGCGACAUCGCAGGCAUCCUAUGAUGAACAUGUCCGCAAGCUCUUCCAGUCGCUGGAUCGUCUGGAGGAGCAUCUCUCACAACCCAAGCACUACCCCUACCUUUUUGGGCAACAUAUCACCGAGGCCGACGUUCGCUUAUACACAACGCUCAUCCGCUUCGACGUGGCGUACUAUCCCUUCUUCAAAUGCAACUUGAAGAUGAUACGGUUGGACUAUCCGCGUCUUCACGCGUGGUUGAGACGCCUUUAUUGGAGUGAUGGGCCUGAAACAAAUGGUGGCGCUUUCCGGACCACCACCCAUUUCGAUAGGGUAUGA